CGCGCGCGACCGGAGCCACGAGCCAUACCGGAUUUACACAUUUGUUUUUUGUUUUUGUUGAUUUUUUUCCUCUACAUUAAUUUACAUUUCUCUUCGACAUUCAGUCCGAUAUCUUAGUCCGAUAUCUUUUAUACAGAUUUAUAAUUGAUUUAUAUUUUAUUUUCCUUUUGAUAUAUUAGAGACAUUUCUGUUUAUUAUUUUGUUUCAUUAUAUUAGGAUUGUUUUUUUAUAAUUUACAGAAUUGUGCAUGUGCAUCAUGAAAAAGUUUUUUUUUAAUUAGCCUAUUAGAAAAUAAGUAUAUGGUUUCUCGGUUUUAGUCACAGUACAUACAUUUAAAUAUCAUUUAAUAUCAAUAUUCCUGUUCAUUCACAUUUAAUGAAUUCGUUUAUUUAUUAUUUCAUAAGAUUUGUUUACAUUUUAUGUCUACAUUUUAGUUUAGUAAGCUAUUUAUUCGGCUAACGCAAACUAGAUCUAAUUAUUACUAAAUAAACAUUAAACGUAAUUUAAUAAACAUUCAAAUAGAAUGCUAGUCUAAAUAGGUCAGUUUCCGGUCUGAUUUUAAUUUCAUUUUAAAUUAAGUUACAUUCCCCCUUUUUGAUUGAGAGUUGUUUAUUUAUUUAUUUGUUUAUUUAUUUAUUUAUUUAACACGUGAUUUAGUGUGAUGGUUGAAGCGCGCGCGGCGGGAGUGGACUCUGGUGCCGCGCUGCUGCUCGCGCGACUCUUCACCAUAGGGCGCGACACGGGAGACACGGGUGCAGCGGGGUCCGGGUCCGACUCCUGGGCGAUGAUGAUGAUGUCCCAGCCGCCGCCUCCGUCCACCGUGCCGCGGAUUCCGCCCGAGGCGGGGAACCGGACGCGCUGCGCCGCGCACGUGCUUAGCUACGGCGGCGUGGAGCGCGCGCUGAUCGGCGGCGUCCUGACGGCGCUGACGCUCGUGACGGCGUGCGGGAACCUGCUGGUGGUGGUGUCCGUGUGCUCGGUGAAGAAGCUUCGGCAGCCCUCCAACUACCUGAUCGUGUCGCUCGCGCUGGCCGACCUGUCCGUGGCGCUCGCCGUCAUGCCCUUCGUCAGCGUCACUGACCUGAUCGGCGGCCGCUGGAUCUUCGGCCAGUUCUUCUGCAACGUCUUCAUCGCCAUGGACGUCAUGUGCUGCACGGCGUCCAUCAUGACCCUCUGCGUCAUCAGCAUCGACAGGUACCUGGGCAUCACGAGGCCGUUAACGUAUCCGGUGCGUCAGAACGGAUGGUGCAUGGCCAGGAUGGUUCUGUCGGUGUGGUUGCUCUCGGCCUCCAUCACGCUGCCUCCGCUGUUCGGCUGGGCGCAGAACGUCAACGAUGAUAACCAGUGUCUGAUCAGCCAGGACUUCGGCUACACUAUCUACUCCACCGCCGUGGCCUUCUACAUCCCCAUGAGCGUCAUGCUGGUCAUGUACCGCCGAAUUUACCGCGCCGCCAAGCUCAGCGCCGCCAAACAUGCCAUCUCGGGCUUCCCGCGGCCGAGUGACGAGGGCGACGGCGAUGACAGGAACAGCCGAGACGAUGACAGUGACUGCAUGACGGCGGCUAUGAAGAUGCACCGGCUCCGAGGAGCGAAGUGGAACGAAACCGAGCGCAAAAGCGCCUCCAUCUUCAAGCGGGAGCAGAAGGCGGCAGCCACGCUGGGCAUGGUGCUGGGUGCGUUUACAUUCUGCUGGCUGCCGUUCUUCGUGCUGUCGACACUGCGUCCGUUCGUGUGCGGCGUGCGCUGCAGCUGCGUGCCUCUGUGGAUCGAGAGAACGCUGCUGUGGCUCGGUUACGCCAACUCGCUCAUCAACCCGUUUAUCUACGCCUUCUCCAACCGGGACCUGCGCACCGCCUACCGCAGCCUUCUCGCCUGCCGCUACCGCAACAUCAACCGCAGGCUCUCCGCCGCCGGCGUGCACGAGGCGCUGAGACUCGGCCCGAGGUCAGAGGUCACGCUGUCCGUGUGAACAAGCUUUAAAGACCCUCAAGCUCUAAUCAUGACUUGGCAGGCGAUUAUAUUCUAGUGUAAAGGGUUGAAAAGGAUGUGAAUGGCACUCAACAAUCACACUCCUGUGACCCUGCCUGAGGUCAAAGGUCAUGGAAGAUUAUGUGAAAGUCAGGCCUAAAGGAUUGCAUCAAGGUGACCUCGGACUAUGGGAAUCACUCUGAACUAUUUAAUCUGACUUUAUAUCUGAACAACAAUAAAAAUCGAGCAUUUAAUAUGAAGGUUAGAUGGUUAAACAUAUCCAGGGGUCAAAGGUCACCAAGGCUGACCUUCAAAAUGGAGGACAAGCAGCAUUCAAAAUUUCAAAUCUUAAGCUUUUUGAAAAGCUAAAACUGGUCAUUUUGCACGUGUCAGUACAACGUGUUAACCACUUGAAAAAAAAACCACGUGUUUCUUUUAAUGUUUUGAUAAAUGUUUAGAAUAAAUGAAUAAUCAACCGCAAAAUUUCAAUAAUAAAAGGAAGUAAAUGUGUUGAAACAGCAGUUUAAUUCACUGAUCACAGACUCCUAGUGGGUGUGGCCUAAUAUUCUAAUGAGUCGGUUGAUUAACAGCCCUCUUGCUGACACUCCAUCUGCAACAUUACUCAAGCAAGAAAACACUUUCACUCAGUAGGUUAGCUUUCAUUCGCUAGGUUAGAUUAGCUUUCACUCCGUAGGUUAGCUUUCACUCUGUAGGUUAGCUUUCACUCUGUAGGUUAGCUUUCAUUCGCUAGGUUAGAUUAGCUUUCAUUCGCUAGGUUAGAUUAGCUUUCACUCCGUAGGUUAGCUUUCACUCCGUAGGCUAGCUUUCACUCUGUAGGUUAGCUUUCAUUCGCUAGGUUAGAUUAGCUUUCAUUUGCUAGGUUAGAUUAGCUUUCACUCCGUAGGUUAGCUUUCACUCUGUAGGUUAGCUUUCAUUCGCUAGGUUAGAUUAGCUUUCAUUCGCUAGGUUAGAUUAGCUUUCACUCCGUAGGUUAGCUUUCACUCAGUAGGUUAGCUUUCAUUCGCUAGGUUAGAUUAGCUUUCACUCAGUAGGUUAGCUUUCACUCUGUAGGUUAGCUUUCAUUCGCUAGGUUAGAUUAGCUUUCAUUCGCUAGGUUAGAUUAGCUUUCACUCAGUAGGUUAGCUUUCAUUCGCUAGGUUAGAUUAGCUUUCAUUCGCUAGGUUAGAUUAGCUUUCAUUCGCUAGGUUAGAUUAGCUUUCACUCAGUAGGUUAGCUUUCACUCCGUAGGUUAGCUUUCACUCUGUAGGUUAGCUUUCAUUCGCUAGGUUAGAUUAGCUUUCACUCCGUAGGUUAGCUUUCACUCUGUAGGUUAGCUUUCAUUCGCUAGGUUAGAUUAGCUUUCACUCCGUAGGUUAGUUUAGCUUUCACUCCGUAGGUUAGUUUGGCUUUUACUCAGUAGGUUAGCUUUCAUUCGCUAGGUUAGAUUAGCUUUCAUGCGCUAGAUUAGUUUUCCGUUGCUAGGUUAGAUUUCUCUCACUAGAAUAGCUUCAGCUCGCUAGCUUAGCUUUUGUUCAGUAGGUUUGUUCAGACUUAAAGAGAUUGUUUAAGUGGCAAUAUAUCAUUUUAAGGAAACCUGUGUGGGCGGGACUUCUUGCAUCAGCGUUACCCAAGCUACGCCCCUCCCACUUUACACAGAAAGAAGAGAGGUUUAUGUUUUGGUUUGUUUUGUUUUAUUGCAGUUAAUAAGACGCACUAACUGCAGACUGAUUCACCUCGUUACGAACUGGAGGAUUUUCUCUUUGCUGCACUGGGACUAAAAAUGCUUCAAACAGAACCAGAACCAGAACCAGGUUAAAGCGCUAAGCUAACAUCGUGUGUUUCAAAGUGACCUCAGACUGCGGAGCACCUGCCUUCAGCACACCUUAGUGGAUUUCACAUGAACAAAGUCAAACAGUUCAAGCUGUAACAGCGUGUAAAUGUGAAUGUUGUCAAUCUAAAAUAAACAAAUCAGAACCGGAGCGAUGUUCAGUAUCACGAUUCAACUGAUCCGUAAAUCGCUCACGUCUCAAAUACCGUAACCGUUUUUCAUUUUUACACAUAACAUGUAACUCACACAACCAGUUUGCACACUGAGUAGUGCCUUAUUUACUUUCGUGCUGAACUUGUUAGCUCAGUAAUAGCUACUGUAUAGCACUACUGCUUCUCAACGUAACGUAGAAGAUAAAAUGCUAGACAGGCCACGCCCACAAGCGACAAACUAUAAGGGACACAAGAGACGUGGUCGUGUAAAUGAUGUCGUCACGUAACGACAUGAAACAGCGCCGUGUUUUAUAAAUAAAUACCGCGAUAACGGAUUAUCAGUACACGCUUAAAGACCUACGCUCCAUAACAGCAAUAUUUAUACAGUAUUUACACUCAGUCUGACUGCUUCUAUAACAUUUAUUCUGUACAGUAAAUGUACGCGUACUGUAAAAUUAAAUAUCUUCUGCAUGUCGCUGCUUCUUUAUGAAAUAUUAUAAUAAUAUAAUAAUAAUCAUCAAUAAAUACGCGCACGUCAUUUAGAAAAAGAAAAGAAAACAGAAACGUACAGCGCCACACACAUUCCUGCACGUCGUUAGAAAUCUA